AUGUCUCAGAGCGAGAGCAGCAAAACAGCGCGCGUUUCGAAACAGCUGACUGAUCUGAUCGAGGAGGUGAGGAGUAUUCGACUACCGUCAAGCGAGUCGGAGGAUGGCAGUCCCGACAAUGACUCCAACCUCCUCCAUCAAAUACAACAGAUGAUCAAGACACUAGACCAAGCAGGCUACCCGCGCGAGUCGGGCGCCUUCGCCGACGUCCUCUCCAUCUGCACAGCACCAAAACAGCUGGGCGGGUUAGGGCUGCAUCCGGACGAAAACAUCACGGCAGAACAGAGAUCAGAGAUCCAGUUCCUGCUGUCCGCCUGGCUGGAGUCUCUCAAUUCUGCGGAUCGCGCAAAGGCCCGUCCCCGACCUUUGGCCUGCCGUCCCCCCGGACGCAGAGCGAUGACCCUGUCAGAGAAGAUCUUCGCUAUGCAUGAUAUUGACCAGAAGGGAUAUGUCGAGCCGGGACAGAUGAUCCGUGUGGAUGUCGAUUGGGUCAUUGCCUCGGAGGCUUCGUGGGCGGGCAUGGAGCGCACAUACGACCAGCUUGGGAAACCGGGAAUCUUCCGCAACGACCGGUUCUGGCUGGCGGGGGAUCAUGUCGUGGAUCCUCGAGUCAAGGAUCACCCUCAGAUUAAACGAUUGAUCGAUGCUAGUGAGAGAGCGAAGCAUGUCUUCAAAAUGACUGAGUAUCAGGGCAUGAAUUAUACAAUCAUGCAUACCGAAUUCUACCGCGAACGAGCACAACCAGGCAUGCUCAUCAUCGGUUCCGACUCUCACACCUGCUCGUCCGGAGCAUUAGGCUGUCUGGCCAUCGGCCUCGGAGCAGCAGACGUGACCAUGCCGCUCGUCACGGGGGAGACAUGGUUCAAAGUGCCUGAAUGCGUCAACAUCCGUCUCGUUGGCACCCCUCGUCCAGGCGUCGGCGGCAAGGACGUCAUCCUGUACAUUCUGAAGGAGCUGAAAAGGAACACGGUUGCCGCGGACAGAGUGGUCGAGUUCACCGGUCCUGGACUGCAGUAUCUCUCGUGUGAUGCGCGAUUCGCCAUAUCGAACAUGACCACCGAAUUCGGUGGAAUCACAGGCAUUUUCGUCCCGGACGAAAUCACAUACAACUUCAUCAACCGCCGGCGACACCCGCGCUACAAAAACGCAGCGACAUACUUCCUCCCAGACGCAGACGCGCAGUACGCAGAAACGCACGAGAUCGAUCUCUCCAACGUAUGCUCGUUUGUCGCCCGAUACCCGAACCCAGACGACGUGAUUCCGGUGACCGAAUUCGAGGGUCUGCAGCUAGACGGUUGCUUCAUCGGGGCGUGCACGACGGCGGAAGAAGACCUCAUCCUGGCAGCGUUGGUCCUGCAAGUGGGCAUGGAGAAGAAAAGGCUGAAACCUGUAAAAAGGGGCAAGAGGAAAGUCGUGCCCGGCUCGCUGCCCAUCCUCCAGCGACUGCAGGAGCUGGGGCUCACAGACGUCUACGAGAAGGCCGGGUUUGAGAUUGGCGUGCCCGGUUGCAGUUACUGUGUUGGCUCGAUUGGACACAUUUCAUCCGCAGCAACCGUCGCGGCGUCGUCGUUUGAGAUGAAGAUCACCGAUCCGCAGCCAUUGAUCGAUGGCGUUGAUAUCGAGCUGUGGAACCGUCUCAAAAGUUUUUCGACCCGUCCAGCGGCAGUGACGGAGAAAAAUGACAGUACCAACGGUCCAGUCUAUGUUGAACCCAGUGGAUCGCCAGAUGAGAGUGCUCCGGCAUCAACUUCUUUUGUACCUGUAUCUGCAGACAACAACAGCAAUGUACCAGAAGUUCCUACAACUUCCACCACGUCGAACAUCAUCAAAGGCAAAGUGCAGCGGUUAGGGGACUUUAUAGACACCGAUGCGCUCGCCCCAGCACAAUUCCUCGUGAGCUCGCGCACAAACGAAGCAAUCGGCGCGCACUGUCUGGAGUACACACAUCCCUCUUUCCGAGCCAGAGUGAAAGAAGGAUUCGACGUCGUCGUCGCGGGGAAAGCGUUUGGUUGUGGCUCGUCGCGCGAGCAGGCGGUUUCUGCUUUGUUGGGUGGGAACAAUCCACCCCAGAACUACCCAUCAAGCUGCGGAGUCCGCUGCGUCAUCGCCAAAUCCUUCGCGUUCAUCUUCGCCCGCAACGCGCCCAACCUGGGCCUGUUGGCGCUCACCAUCACGGACGAGGCAUUCUACGACGCGGCGCAGGACGCGGUGGACAUUAGCGUCGAUCUCGCUGCCAGGAGGGUAACAGUAGACGGAAAAGAGUCUUUUGGCUUCCAGCUCAGCCAGAUGGAACGCGAACUCAUCGCCAAUGGCGGCAUUGCCUCGGCGUUUAAUAGGUUUGGUAAGAAGCUUUUCCAGGUCAUGUGUGCGCCUAAGAACUUGCGUAGGGAAGAUGGGGUGCAGCAGCAGCAGGAGGAACAGGAUAAAAAGUCUCUGCAGUGGUAG